UUCUCAUACGUUUUCGUUUUCUUUCACUUCGGGCCUUCGUUUACCGGUGCCGGGUCUCGUCCUUCUUACAACCAGCAGCUGCAUCAACAACCCGCCAGAGUUGAUCUGGGUUGUUGAACCCGUAGAGAGCAUUUGUAUAGAGAGAUUCUAUUGAAUUGGAGUGGGAAAGUCUUAAUGGCAGCUCUUGUGCCUCCAGGGGCACCUCGGCCCAAUGAAAGCAAUAGCAAUCAAAAUCCACCACCACCGCCUAAUUACUACCCUAAUUCUCAGACGAACCCUGGUUCUUUAGCUGAUAAUUUUCAGAAUUUGAAUCUCAAUCGACCUCCUUCAAUGCCCAAUUCAUUCCCCAGACCUCCCUUUGGCCAGUCACCACCUUUCCCUUCGUCAGCACCCCCACCAGCUGGGAUAUCCGGUGCGCCACCACCGUUUUCACGGCCGGGGCCACCCCCGGCUUCAAUUUCCCGACCUAAUCUAUCUUCAUCAGGGCCUCCACCAUCUGCAUUACCUCCAAAUAUGACUCCAAUGAGAGCCAGUGGGCCGCCAGUUGGACAACCUUCUCCAUUAGUGUCCAGGCCACCCCCUCCAGGUGUUGGGAAUCCUGGCCAACCUGCUUAUAGGCCACCUUCCGGCAAUGUCCUCUCAGGUUUGUCCAGUAGUUCAGUUACACCUCCACUCGGUGCACGUCCAAGUGCAGCCUUUCCCCCUUCUAUUAGCAGCCCAAGCAUGCCCCCAUCAAGUUCUCAGAGUGGUACGUUGAGUAAUGGCCCCCCAACAUUCGUGCAGAACAGCUUCCCUGGUGGGCCACGUUUUCCUCCAGCAGCCAAUACACUACAAGGCCCUCAACCAUCUGUUGGUCCUCCACCAAUGGGAGCAUCUGCUCGGGCUCCAUUUAUGCAUUCUGUUCCAGGUGGUACAGGAUUUUCUGCUCCACCAGGUCCUCCCGGGCAACCAGCACCACCGUUUCAGUCGGCGUCUCAAGGAGUAUCACCACCUCAAGGUUCCCCAUUUGGGCCACCAACAUGGCCAAUGCAACCUGGUCAGGCAGCAGUUCCUCCACCUAUUACCGGACAACUGCAGCCACCUAGAAUGUUUGGGAUGCCUCCACCUCCACCUAACCAAUCUAUGACUACCAUCUCGCCUGCUAUUGGUCAAACUGGAUCUCCUGCAGCUACGCAAUCAAAGAUUGAUCCAAAUCAAAUACCUAGACCUGUUCCAAAUUCGUCAGUCAUCCUGUUUGACACUCGUCAAGGCAACCAGGCUAAUCUGCCCCCGCCUGCAUCAAGUGAGUAUAUUGUGAGAGACACUGGAAAUUGCAGUCCACGUUUUAUGAGGUGCACCAUUGGUCAGAUCCCAUGCACCGCUGAUCUUUUGAAUACAUCAGCCAUGCAGUUAGCGUUGUUAGUCCAACCAUUUGCUCUUCUACAUCCUUCUGAGGAGCCCAUCCAAGUUGUGGAUUUUGGGGAAAGUGGGCCGGUUCGAUGUUCUCGCUGCAAAGGCUAUAUAAAUCCUUUUAUGAAGUUCAUUGAUCAGGGAAGACGGUUCAUCUGUAACUUAUGUGGUUUUACUGAUGAUACUCCUCGUGAGUACCACUGUAAUCUUGGUCCAGAUGGUAGAAGAAGAGAUGCUGAUGAAAGGCCUGAACUGUGUAGGGGAACAGUAGAAUUUGUUGCUUCUAAGGAAUACAUGGUGCGUGAUCCAAUGCCAGCUGUCUAUUUUUUCCUCAUCGAUGUAUCCAUGAAUGCAAUACAAACUGGUGCUACUGCUGCAGCCUGCAGUGCAAUUAGUCAAGUUAUUUCUGAUUUACCUGAAGGUCCUCGAACAUUUGUUGGAAUUGCAACAUUUGACUCAACAAUUCAUUUUUACAAUCUGAAACGUGCACUACAGCAGCCUUUGAUGCUCAUAGUCCCUGAUGUACAAGAUGUUUAUACUCCUCUGGAGUCUGAUGUUAUUGUUCAACUUUCAGAGUGCCGUCAACAUUUGGAGUUGUUGCUUGAAAGUAUUCCAACAAUGUUUCAGAGUAAUAGAACCACCGAGUCAGCCUUCGGUGCUGCAAUCAAAGCGGCUUUCUUGGCAAUGAAAAAUACCGGAGGCAAAAUUUUGGUAUUCCAAUCAGUCUUGCCAUCAAUUGGCAUCGGAGCUCUUUCUGCCAGAGAGGCUGAAGGAAGAACAAAUAUAUCUUCUGGAGACAAGGAGGCUCAUAAAUUACUCCAACCAGCUGACAUGUCUUACAAGACAAUGGCAAUUGAACUAGCCGAGUAUCAGGUCUGUGUUGAUGUGUUCCUCACUACCCAGAAUUACAUCGAUAUUGCUUCUAUUUCUGUCAUUGCAAGGACCACUGGGGGCCAGGUUUAUUAUUAUUACCCCUUCUCAGUUCUUUCUGAUCCAGCAAAGCUCUAUAAUGAUCUUAGAUGGAAUAUCACAAGGCCUCAAGGCUUUGAGGCUGUGAUGCGUGUCAGAUGCAGCCAGGGAAUCCAAGUACAAGAGUACCAUGGAAAUUUCUGCAAACGCAUCCCAACAGAUGUUGACUUACCCGGGAUUGAUUGUGACAAGACUAUAAUGGUAACUUUAAAACAUGAUGACAAGUUACAGGAUGGCUCAGAAUGUGCUUUUCAGUGUGCGCUGCUUUACACUACAGUAUUUGGUCAGCGGAGAAUUCGUGUCUCCACUUUAUCUCUACCGUGCACUAGUAUGCUGAAUAACCUCUUCCGAUCAGCCGACUUGGACACACAGUUUGCAUGUUUUCUAAAGCAAGCGGCAACUGAAGUUCCUUCAUCCCCACUUCUGCAAAUCCGGGAACGUAUGACAAAUCUGUGUGUCAAUGUUCUGCUUUCAUACCGCAAGUAUUGUGCAACUGUAUCAUCAUCUGGACAGCUAAUUCUUCCGGAGGCACUAAAGUUACUGCCUCUUUAUACUAUUGCAUUAAUUAAAAGUACUGGUCUGAGGACCGAUGGAAGAAUUGAUGAUCGAUCUUUCUGGGUCAACCAUGUUUCUUCUCUUCCAAUUCCUCUGGCUGUUCCCUUGGUAUAUCCUAGAAUGUUGGCUAUACAUAACCUUGAUACAGAGGAUGGUGAUUCGACUCCCGGUACUCCAAUUCCUCUUUCUAGUGAGCACGUGACUGAAGAGGGAAUUUAUCUUCUUGAGGAUGGUGAAGACUGUUUAGUAUAUAUUGGGAACUUGGUUGAUAGAGAAACAUUGCAACAGUUAUUUGGCAUUUCAUCGGUUGAUGAAAUUCCUGCUCAGUUUGUGCUGCAGCAGUAUGACAACCCGCUAUCAAAGAAGCUUAAUGACUUGAUGAAUGAGAUACGACGUCAAAGAUGUUCCUACCUACGCUUGAGGUUGUGCAAGAAAGGAGACCAAUCAGGGAUGCUAUUCUUUUCGAAUAUGAUAGAAGAUAAAAGUGCAAAUGGCCCUUCAUACAUCGAGUUUCUUGUUCAUGUACACCGGCAAAUUCAGAUAAAAAUGUCGUCUUCGUGAUCUUAUGCUUCAUCCAUGCAAAGUUUCCAUCUCCCUCUACAUGCUGCAACUGUAUACUUCAGGUGAAAUCCUUACCAAGAAACCAGAGUUUCAUGGGAAAGUGGAAACGAAAUUCUCGAAUGAUAUCGUCAAUCCACAGUCCCAUUUAUCUUUGAGAAGUCAGAUGAGUGAAUUUUGAUGGGUAAUUGUUGUUAGUUUAUGUUUUGAUGGAAGAUUUUGGUAGUGAACACAACCAGAAUAGUUUCAUGUUAAUUUUAUUGUUUUUCACAGAAUUUUCUUCCCUUUUUGACACAAAAUAUCCUUUUACUUUUCUCUCAACAUACUGCCUGGAGACGAGAAAUCCUGGGAGGAUAUCUACAUAUUUUAUAUAUAUGAGAUUUAAUGACUUCGUUUUCAUAAUUUAA